UUUAGUGAAAAAUCCACAUAUCACAAAAGUGACUCUUCUAUUUUAUUUUUUUUAAAUUAUUUAUCUCAAAGAUAAUACAAAACAUUACAAAUUUGUUUCUAUAUUUUUAAAAAUUUAUGCAUAAUUAAAUUACGCCGUAUAAAUUGAGACGAAGUGAUUUAGAAAAUUAAAUUACGUCCUAUAAAUUGGGACGGAGAUAAGUGGAAGGAAAAAAAAAGUGAUUAGUAGUUUGUGUUUCCACGUGUAGAUUGUACUUCUGAUCUUUAUUUUUUUUUACAUUAAUUAGUGAGUUUUCUAGAAUACCUUCCAACAUUAAUUUGUAGCAUAUAUUCACUUUUGGUUUGAUUUUUAUGUGUCUUUUUUCAAGAAACUCAAGCCACAAGAAAAAGGUCUGCUUGCUACAUAUUGAUUCUUGAAUGUUGCUAAUUUUUACUGUAGUUGAUAUCAUUGAGCUUUUUUGGUGUACUAAGAUUGUGUUCAUUGCAUAGAAUUUGCUAUAAUUCUAGCUAAAUAUGAUGGAAUUUAGUGUUUUCCUUUUGUUUGUUGAUAAAGAUUAAAACUUUUCGUAUAGAUUCUUGAAUGUUGCUAACUUGUACUGUAGUUGAUAUUAUUGUGUUUUGGUGUUUUAGGAAUGUGUUUAUAGCUUGAAAUUUGUUUGGUUUUAGCUGAGUAUGAUGUGAUUUAUCUCUUAUUAGUCUGUUGCAAUCACCAUUUUUUUGAUUUUUUUGUUUGUUGAUAAAGCCUAUUGUUUCUGGUUCCCUUUACUAUUUUUUUCUAGACUGUUUUUGUCUUGAGCCGGGGUCUAUCGGAAACAACCUCUUUAUCUCACCUCUAGAUAGCGGUAUGGACUGCGUACCCUUCCCUUCCCCGGACCCCACGUUGUGGGAAUAUACUGGUUAUGCUGUUGUUGUUGUUGUUGGCUAGGGUUGUAUUUAGGUGGGAUAGAGGUUGAUCGAAGAAAUAUUGGAGGGAGGCAGCUUCAGCUUACUGAGGGCAUGACCCUAGACCGGAAGGUGCGGAGGAGGCGGAUUAGGGUAGAAGGAUAGUAGGAACGAGUGCGUCAGUCCUAGUAGGUAGGAGGACUUUGUUAUCCGUAUUAGUAGCUAUGGUACUAGUAUCAUUUUAGAAUGUUGUAUCGUUUGUUGUAUUACUUGGUGAAUCUUGUCUAUGGUACUACAGGGUGUGGUAAUUUCUAUUGUAUCUUGUUCUUUUGCUAUUCCUUGUCUAGAUUGUCUUAUCUUGAGCUGUGAGUCUAUCGAAAACAACUUCUCUAUCUCACUCUGAGGUCUGAGGUGGUAUGGACUGCAAACGCUUAACCCUUAAAACCGCUACCCCCACCCCCGCCCUCUCCUCCCUGCACACAGAGACCCCACUUGGUGGGAAUAUAUUGGCAAUCAAGAAAAUUACAGUAGUGAACUUGUGCUCAAAGUUCAUCACUUUCACGUAUGGAUCGUCUUAGCGAGCUGCCUGAACCGAUACAGCUUCACAUCCUCUCGUUCCUACCGAUGAGAUAUGUAGUCAGAACAGUCAUUCUCUGCAAACACUGGCAGCGCCUGUGGACUAAUGUUCAAGAGCUUUAUUUUAGUACUGAAGGUUUCUUUCCCUAUGAGAAGUAUUUGGCCUUUGUGAAUCGGGCCUUAAUCUGUCGUGGCACUUGUAAGAUCAGGAGACUUAGAAUUGAACUAUAUUUAAAUGCUCUUUCUCCUAAAGAUUAUGAGGGAUGGAUUUCAUAUUCGGCAACGAAUAAUGUGGAAGAUCUCUUUCUAGAAUUCGACACAUACUAUUACGAAUGGUUGCCACCUCAGUGUUUGUAUUGCAAUUCGUCGCUCAAGACAUUGAAGUUGUGGGGCUGCAGGUUUGUACCUGAUAUGCAGAUAAGAUGGAACACGUUGACAAAGUUAUCCCUCUGGUUUUCAGUGUUGCGGAAUGAAAGCUUUCGUGAGAUUAUGGUGGGUGCUCCAAAACUGGAAUUCUUUGAGUUGUUUUCGUGCUGGGGCUAUAACAAUCUGACUUUUGAUUCACCUUGUUUAAGAACUGUGAAUGUAUGCGAGUAUGAAACAAUUGACUAUGAAAACGAUGAGCAUGACCAUGGCCCCAUCUUGAGAAUUUCAGCCCCCAACGUUCGCUCUUUGCAACUGACGGGAGCUUUGUAUAGGAAGUGUGUUUUGAUGAAUGUGUCAUCUGUUGUUCAUGCCACUCUCGAUUUCCGUCCAUAUAUUAAACCCUUUAGAGAAGAGAAAUUAAAAUGGCAGAAGGAGAACCUAAUGGAGUUGGGUAGGAGCCUUAAACAUGUCGAGAGCUUAACGUUGGGCAUUUGGUGCAUUGAGGUUCUAGCGCAAAGGGAGAGGAGACGCAUUCCUCCUCAGAUUUCAACUAACAAAUGUGCCACGUUAAAUAUACAUAUGAAGGAAGAAGAUCUUUUGGGAAUCGUUAACCUGCUAAAAGGUUCACCAAACCUGCAGACGCUGAUAAUAGACAUGGAACCUAAAUUCUGGGAAGAGCCAAGAGUCCCAGAUUUAACAGAUUCAGAGAACUUCUGCAUUGAUAAUGUUGCAAACUACGUAGCAUCACAAGCGGAGCAUGUCAAGUGUUUGCUGCAUCAUUUGAAGACUGUCAAGAUUACCCAAUUCGUGGAACAACACUCCGUACUUCCAUUUGUGGAGUUCAUUUUGAAGAAAGGGAGGGUACUAGAGAAUCUCGUAAUCAUAGCAAAACGGGGUUUAGAUGAAAAUUCGGAGGAGUACUUGCGAAUAGUUAAACGGUGGGGGUUUUAUGAAGAAGAAAAUUCGCCAAAGUCCUUGCUAAAAGUUGCUCAAAGAUUACUAAGUAUACCGAGGGCCUCCUCCCGAGCAGUCAUUACACUCCGUAGUCGGUACACUCUUUAACUGACAACAUAUUUCAUCGGCUGUUCAGACGCUGUAUGGUUUUGUGUUUAUAUCUGCUAACAACGUUAAGUUCAUACCCCAAAACAUAUGAAGUUACUGAUUUUAUCCCUACCAAAUCACAGCUAACAAAUGAUUUUGUGUUUAUAUCUGCAGUGUCAAAAACAUGUUUGAAUAGUUCAGACAGGCUUUUGUAAGAUGUAACUUUUGCUAUUUUGUGAAGGUAAUAGGUAUCUUUUUGUUGA